GCUCGGAGACCGGGUUUCCGGACGGACCCGAGUUGUGGUCGGGCGGCCAUGGCGCUGGAUGUUCGCAGGCGCUUCUUUAAAUUCCUUUUGCGCUGCGGCGCCGCCAUCAUCACCCGGUUCCCCUUCUGGAACUGCUUCAGCAUGUUGAUGCUGUUCGCCGAACGGGCUGAUCAGCGCAGGAAGCCGGAUAUUCCAGUGCCAUACCUCUAUUUUGAUAUGGGAGCUGCAGUUAUCUGUGCCAGUUUCAUGUCCUUCGGUGUGAAGAGGAGAUGGUUUGCCUUGGGAGCUGCCCUUCAGUUAGCUAUCAGCACAUAUAUAUCAUACGCUGCAGAACAGGUGCACUACGGGGACUGGCUUAAGGUAAGGAUGUAUUCCAGGACUAUAGCUGUAAUUGGUGGAUUUCUGAUAUUAGCGAGUGGAGCUGGCGAGAUAUAUCGGCAGAAGCCUCGUACAAGGUCGUUACAGUCCACGGGGCAAGUGUUUCUUGGCAUCCACCUUAUUUGCGUGGCUUACUCCCUGCAGCAUAGUAAGGAGGACCGCCUGGCCUAUCUGAAUCACAUCAUAGGAGGUGAAAUUACACUGCAGUUGAUGUUUGUAUUUUAUGCUGUGCUGGCUUUGUCUUUCCUCUCUGGAUACUGUGUACGAACUGCAGCCCAGAUGCUUUCUAUUCUUAUGCCCAUUGUAAUUCUGUUCAUUGAUGGAAAUGUGAACUAUUGGCACCAUUCACGCAGGGUUGAGUUCUGGAAUCAAAUGAAGCUGCUUGGGCAGAAUGUGGGCAUUUUUGGUGCUGCCAUAAUUUUGGCCACAGAUUGCUAAUGUUAUUUUAAAGGUGAAGUUCCUCAUUGCAUGGCACUAAUAAAACCUUGUACUGCUAUUUAUUUGACAUUUAAAAAAAUGUAUAGGUUUUUAAAUAUAUUUUCAAUAUAGAAGAUAUUCUCUCACAAUUCUAAAGAUAAAGUGAACUGUGUGAGCAAUUGCUUAGAUCCUGGUGAACAUUCAAUCUAACCGAGGGACAACAUUUUUGCUCCUGGCACUGUAUCUCACUUUCCAGGACUGUAUUGAGAUAUUGGGUGCUUGCCUUAGGCAGAUGAACAUUUGCACCAGCUAUAUGUAUCUGAAAUAUUGGCUCAUUUUGUGUUAAUUGAUAUCUUUUCACCAAAUUCCAUGUGCUGCAUCAUGAAUGAUAAAUACGGCCUGUAAUUUGUUGCAACAUGAUGUCCUGUGAUUUAUAUUACUUAUGAUUCCAUUGUUCCUUGUGGUAUAAUACUAAACAGUUAUAUUAUCGUGUACAAAUCGAUUUCCUCUCUUAAAAGCAUAAUUUUUUUUUCCAACCUCCAUUUCCUUCGUCUGAUUCCCAUGGUUAUUUAUGCAAGCAAGAUGAACAACACCCACACAGCUAGUGUAUAUUAAUUGUUCUAGUUGGCAGCCUAAACACACUCCUUACUUCUUAAGACCAUGGAUCUGUGACAAUCCACAGUUGGGGCACCAUCACAUUAAUAUUCAUUGUGAUUGAAAUCUCAGUUUUGUUUGCAAUGUCAAUGAUUUUUUUUUUCUUUCCUCCAAUUUCACUUUGUGCUAUAAUUCCCUCAGUGCUAUAAUUUGCAGUAACAGAUUCUGAAGGGUUACUCUUCUGAAGUUUCUCCCUUGGCUCUGUAGAAGCUGGAUCGGUAAAUCAGAAGACGAUUAAGCCCAAAAGAUAUGGUGAAUUUUUAGGGGGUAAUAAUGACCACGGCAGUAUAAGUAUUGUCCUGAGUCCUGGCAUCAAUCCUUUGAGUGAAAUUAUCAUUGUUUUAAACACACUGAUUUUUUUCUUUCAUAAAGUAAAUAAUUGAUCUCGCCUUUUAACCAUUUUGUGUUGAUUUGUUUCACCUCAAUCCUGUGUUUCUGCUGAAAAUUAAAAAAAUGUUGGUGAGCUGUGGUUGUUGGCGGUCAAUCUCUCUGGGUAAAUCACGAGCUAAGAUGAGUUGUUGCUUUUGGAUUUAUGUUAAGUUAUAGUUUUU